AUGCGCGCCCAUGUGCCACUGGCAAGGACUGAAUCUGACUGGAGCCCAGCACGCUGUCAGCAGACGAAAGUCGACCGUCGUCCUGCUCGGUGUAGCGACCGCGCGAAAUUAUUUGCAGCUUCCGCAGCAGUGUGGGCAGCAAAAUCGGUAUCCAGAGAAAGCUUUUGGGGCAGUGAAAGAAAACUUGUUCCGUGAGCUCAAAAGGGCAAAAACACUUACGUCAGUGCUGGGCUGAUGAAGGGCUGCUAACAGUGCUGGGACCUCUUUGCGAUUGAAGCGAGGCUGCUACAUCGAUCGAGUGGUCAUGUGGGGUGGGUGUGAUUUCUGGGUUCAUGGUUCCAUGGCAGUGUCAGCUCAGAAUUAAUCGGAUUGCAGUGAAUGGUUAUUGGAAAAGUUAUAUUGAGGAAAAUUGUUUGAAGUGCUUUGGUGAAUUGUGCUGAAAGAAACCUACAAUUUGUAUGAUGGAGCAGGGGGAAAUUUUUUGACGACAAGGAAAUGGGUCAUAGAAUAUUCACAGUGAAUUUGUGGUUAUCCGAUUAUAGUGGAAAUUCAGAGUGACCUGAGUGUUGACAAAGUGGAAAGUGUGCACAAAUUUUGAAGAUAAGGCUGGAAAAUACUCAACAUUCUUAGGAUAAUUAAAAACCGUAGUCAAAAAUCACAUUCCUAAAGGGAUUCUACCAACAUGGCAUGAUGCAAUGGACUCUAAUUAGCUGGUAUGUUUGUCUAUCUAGCCAUCUAGCCCUAUAGGUUGAACGUCAUCCAGCAGUUAUACCAAGAAGACGCCCUUUUUGGUCUAGUCUAUUCCAUCUAGCCAUCGUUGUGUGUAAUACCUGAAUUCGAAAGCACUCCUCCUCGCAAAAUGGCUGCCUUCGCUGGACUCAAAGAUCGCGCUGCCAACGUUUUUGGCGGAAUGCGCUUCGAGAAGUUCGAAAUGCCAAAGCAUGGCUACGACCAGGUGGACGGCAGUGGAAUGGCCACAGGAGCAGGCGACGGAACCAAAGGAUACGGGGCGGACGACGGCGGGGGCGAUUCACCGAUGUCGUUUGAGGAAAUCGAACGGCCACCGCUGCGGCACAUCGACAAAUAUGUUCGGGCGGAGUGUCCCUGCAUUAAAACGACCCGCUUCACGAUCGCCCUGAUGACCUGCCUGGGGUUCAUCAUUUCGUUCGGAAUGCGCUGCAAUAUGGGCAUGGCCAAGCUCCAGUUCGAGAAUGCGACCGUCAAAUACAACUGGACCGUCGCCAUGGAGAGUGCGGUCGACUCGUCCUUCUUCUGGGGUUAUCUGGUGACCCAGGUGCCGGGUGGUUUUCUCGCUUCCAUGUUCCCAGCGAAUCGAAUCUUCGGAACCGCCAUCGCGUGCUCGUCGUUUCUCAAUCUGCUCGUUCCCGGAGCGAUGGCCCUUGAUCCGGUGGUGCUCAUCAUGGUUCGAGUACUGCAGGGUCUUGUAGAGGGUGUAACGUAUCCGGCUUGUCACGGUAUCUGGCGCUUCUGGGCUCCUCCACUGGAACGCUCCCGACUGGCAACGAUGGCCUUCAGCGGUUCGUACGCCGGAGUUGUGAUAGGUAUGCCAAUGUCCGGUAUUCUAACGGGGUGGAUCAGUUGGCACGCACCGUUCUUCUUCUACGGGCUGUGUGGGAUCACCUGGUACUGCUUCUGGUUGUGGCUGUCGUUCGAGAAACCUCGGCAGCAUCCAACCAUCUCGCUCAAAGAGCUGAAAUACAUCGAAAAAUCACUGGGAGAUUCGGUGUCGCUGCCGAUGCCGAAAAUAUCCACAACUCCGUGGCGAGCAAUGGCCACGUCCAUGCCGGUGUACGCCAUCAUCGUGGCCAACUUUUGCCGCUCGUGGAACUUUUAUCUACUCGUACUGUAUCAAAGUGCAUAUCUUAAGCAUUCGUUUGAUUUCAAAAUCGAAGAGACUGGUAUUUUAGGAGCACUGCCACAUCUACUGAUGACAAUUAUUGUACCAUUUGGAGGAAUGUUAGCGGAUUAUUUGCGGAAGUCCGGACUGAUGACGACAACCAACGUGCGGAAGCUGUUCAACUGCGGUGGUUUCGGCUUGGAGGGAUUUUUCUUCCUAGUAGUGGCCCACACAAAUAGCGCUAUGGGAGCAGUGACGGCCCUCACGCUAGGAGUUGCCUUCAGUGGGUUCGCCAUUUCCGGCUACAACGUGAACCAUCUGGACAUCGCACCCCGGUAUGCCAGUAUCCUGAUGGGAAUGUCCAACGGCAUCGGUACCAUAGCCGGUCUGAUAUGUCCCAUUGCAAUCGAUCAUCUCACGAGGGGACAGCCAAAAUCCUGUUGGUCAACGGUGUUCAUGAUAGCUGCAACGGUCCAUCUGGUGGGUAUCACCUUCUACGGUAUUUUCGCGUCCGGAGAGUUGCAACCGUGGGCUGAACCGACCAUCGAAGAGCAGAAAGCGUGGGAUCCCAUGGCCACUGGGUACGAGAAGGAAACGACUUUCAACGACGCCAAUGGAGCAGGUGGAGCAGCAAUGGCCCCCGGAGCUCCCUACAUGGAUCCUUCGGCGCAAAUCAACACCACUAAAACCGUAAGCUAUGGAGCGGUUUCUCACGUGGCGGGCAAUCCAUUUGCCUAUCCGAAUGUGAUCAAUGAAGAACCGGUACAACCGGAGGCGAAGGACUCCUACUUACACGGCAAUCCGGACGAGCGUUCGUAUUGACCUGCGCGACUCAAGAAAACCGUAACCUUUAGUUGUAACUAGAUAGUGUCGUUAGGAUUCAGACAUUUUUGCUUUGUUCAUUGUGAUCAUAGGUAGAAAACUGUAUCCGUUCUCCGUACAAGUUUCUCUCUGGAACAAAUUAUCUGUGUUAGACUACAUGGAAUGGUGAGGUAAACGACGAACUGCAAUAGCAACCAAGUGAACAGUUCAGUAUUUUGUGGAUAAAAUAUACAAUAACUUAGACUAUUUCAGUUAAUAAUUCGACUAAUAACGUGGAAUAGAAUGAAAAAUUAACCCUGCUUAAGCAAUUACAAUUUAGAUAGUACUUAACAAAUACUUGAGCAACUGACGGUGUAAGAUCAGAUUCAUUUAAGAGAAAGUUAUGAUAAUUAUAGAAAAAAAAACAAUAUUCGCUGUAUCACAUAAAUAGUGACGGAAAUAUCAGUUACCCAAAUGAAAAAUGUAAAUAUUGCUGUGAGAUGACAAUAAUGAAGCAUAUAAUAUAUCUAGAGCAGAGCAUUUGUUAACCUAAAGCACGAAUAAUGCUUCAAGUAGUCAACGUUAGGUGAAGAAAAAAUCUAAAAAAUACGAAAAACUCUCAAUAA